AACAUUUACACUGACGCCAUUUUGCCUUGUCAUUUGUACUGUCGUGAAUUUGAUUGUGUUGUUUUUGAUAUUUUUCCAUAAUUAUUCCAUAAUCCUGGAUUAUUUCAGUGCAAAUUCACAUUAUUGUAAAAAUUCAUUAAAUUGAAAAUCGAAUCAGUCAUGUAAUUGUCGAUAUAGUGAAGUAUUUUCGAAUGUAUUAUACGUGUCUAUAGUUAUACUUCUGUGUUUCGAGGAUAACGCGGGAAUAUUCAAAUAGUUUGAAAUGUUGGGGAAAAGAAUGCACCACAAUAGCAAAGGCAGACUUGCAAGUAAAGGCCAUGAUGGUGGGAAACCCUCUAGUCCUGGCAUAUCACCAUACCAUAAACCUGCCAAAAUUCCAUCUGUUGGCAAAAGUAAAGUGGAAGUGUGCCCCAUUCCCUACAUCAAAGUUCAAGAUAAUGCAGUCGUCCUGCCGCGGUACACGGCGAUUGCUGCUCGGUCUACUGAUGAUCACAUUGGAAUGGAUGAGCUGGAUUCAUUACAAUUAGAGCUUGAAUCAUUACUCACUAACAGUGCUCUCCGUGUCAGAUAUUUCCAGUCUGAGAUUGAAAGUAUUGAUACUAAUGAGUCUAAACGAGAGAAGAAGGGGAAAGCGGCAGGAAAGCAACUUCAAUAUCCUGCCAAAAGAAAAUUCCAGGAUGACAAACUUAUAAAAAAAGAAUACACUAAAUUGUCUAACCAGCCCAAAGUGCCUAAGUUCAAAAACUUCUCCAGUGCAUCAGGUGGUCACAACAAUUUCACAAAUGAAGCUCUGCUCAAUUCAGACAAUUCUGUCAAAUUGGAGAUGUCCCAGUUUGCCCUGCCGCGGAACAACAUCCCUUACAAGUUCUGGAACUCGGUGCAGCCCUACUGUGCUCCAAUCACAUUAGAUGACAUCAAAUUUUUGGAGUCUCUGCUUGCUCAAAGUAGCAAUACUACACUGCCAAUAAUACCACCUCUCGGUAAACACUAUUCAGAAGUUUGGGCAGAUGAGCACAUUGCUGAAGAUCAAAAUGCAUCUAAUCCGAACAAACAAAAAUCAUCAGGAAUGUCACCUGAUGCUUCUGCUUUACGAAAAAAGACUGAAAAGCCAUCUGAUAACAUAAUAACUGGGCCAUUGACCCAAAGACUUGUCUCUGCACUCAUGGAGGAAAAUGCUAUGCCGUAUGAAGUUCCUGAUGUCAAAGUGAAGCAAAGUACAAAUACAAAGAGCACAUACAAAAACUCCCUGACUCUUGAAAAGUGUCUUCGUAAAGAACUAGUGGAGCAGGGCAUCCUGGACCCAGAGGACCUGCCCCCACUCACAAACCCAGCUGACGAUGAGAUCCUCGCCGAGAUCAAGAAAUGUCAGACUGAAUUAACGGCUGUAAGAAAAGACAACUGCCGCAACCUAAAGAACCUUAUUGGUCUUUGCAAACAAGAGAUGAUUAGACUGAACCUAAAGAAACAACUUGACCAAGUUGAUGCUGAAUGUAUUGAUAUUUAUAAGAAAAUGGUGGCAGCCAAACAGAAGAAACGGGUUAUCACCAAAAAGGAGAAAGAUGAUGCUUGGAAAGCUAUUAACGAACAAAUCAGACUAAACAAGGAAAUAAAUGCACUACCUGUGACUGGCCCAAACACUAGUUAAAUGUCUGUUAUGCAUAAGUUUUACGAUAUCGUAAUUAACAAAUAAAUUAUGUUUAAGAAAA